AUGGGAGUCCCGGACUCCCUCGAGCUCGUGACUCCGGCCUUGUCUUCCCCUCCGCGGCGGUGCGUGGAGGGGGCUGGGCUGGGGUGGCAGUGGAGGGGGCUGGGCUGGGGUGGCAGUGGAGGGGGCUGGGCUGGGGUGGCAGUGGAGGGGGCUGGGCUGGGGUGGCUGUGGAGGGGGCUGGGCUGGGGUGGCAGUGGAGGGGGCUGGGCUGGGGUGGCAGUGGAGGGGGCUGGGCUGGGGUGGCUGUGGAGGGGGCUGGGCUGGGGUGGCUGUGGAGGGGGCUGGGCUGGGGUGGCUGUGGAGGGGGCUGGGCUGGGGCGGCAGGGUUGGCAGGGGGGCAGGGCGGCAGGGAGGCAGCAGACGCCUCGCAGCGGCCAGUGCGCGGCGGGCAACAAUGCGCGCGGGCAGCAGCGCAGCGGUGCUGCUCCUGGCGGCCGCGGCGGCAGCUCAGCCCUGGAGCGUGUUGCAGGCGGCGGUCAGCUACUACCACAGGAUCAGGACCAGGUGGUGGGAGACGACUGCACAGUGGAGUAUAAGAAUGGUGUCAGUCUGCAGGAAGGGGAGUGCUUGCGCCGGCCGCUGGCAGGGCGCUACGACCUGCUGGUGGUGGGGGCGGGGACGGCGGGCAGCGCGGCGGCGGCGCGUGUGGCGGCGGCGAGGCCCGGCCGCUCGGUGGCGGUGCUGGAGGCGGGCGAGCUGCCUGGGGCCGGCACGGACAUCCCCCUGCUGGUCAGCUACCUGCUGUCCAGCUCCUACAACUGGGGGUACCGCGCGCAGCCCAGCCGCGCCUACUGCCUGGCCAUGGACCAGCGCCGCUGCAGGAUGUCGUCGGGGCGGGCGCUGGGCGGCUCCACGGUCGUCAACUACAUGAUGUACACCCGCGGCGUGCCGGAGGACUACGACAGCUGGGCGGCCGCCGGCAACACGGGCUGGGACUACCGGCAGCUGCUGCCCUUCUUCCUGCGCCUGGAGAACAGCUCCGUGGCCGAGCUGCGCGCCUCGCCGCUGCACGCCACGACGGGGCCCGUGCACGUGGAGCACGUGCGCUACCGCAGCCGCCUGGCGCCGCUGUUCUUGCGAGCCGCGGCGCUCCACGGCCUGCCCCGGGUGCCCGACCCCGGCGCCGGGCCGCUGGGCGCCGGCUACGUGCAGGCCACCACGCGCAGGGGAGCACGCGUCACGGCCUGGGAGGCCUACCUGCGGCCCGCGUGCAGCCGCCCCAACCUCACCGUGGCGCGGCGUGCCCGCGUACUGCGCGUGCUGCUGGACCCCGCCACCAGGCGCGCCACCGGCGUGCGCGUGCUGCUGGGCGGCCGGGUGCGCUCCGUGCAGGCCCGGCAGGUGCUGCUCUCCGCCGGCAACUUCAACUCCGCACAGCUGCUCAUGCUGUCCGGCGUGGGGCCCCGGGACCACCUGCAGCAGCUGGGCAUCCCCGUGCUGGCUGACCUGCCGGUGGGCAGUCGCACCCAGGACCACGUGGCCUUCGGCGGCCUCACCUUCCUGGUGGACGCGCCGGUGUCGCUGCUGGAGCGGCGCAUCCUGCUGCAGCCCCAGCUGGGCGUGCAGUACGUGGAGCGCGGCGAGGGCCCCCUGACGGUGCCCGGGGGUGCAGAGGCGCUGGCCUUCCUGCGCACCAGCCGUGCGGACCCGCGCUCCGCCGCGCCCGACGCCGAGCUGGUGUUCUCUCCGGCGGCCUUCAGCGGCGAGGCUCUGGGCAGUCUGCGGCGGGCCUUCGGCGUGGAUGAGGCCUACGCGCGGCGGCUGUUCGGGCCCGUGCGCGGGCGGGACAGCUUCAGCAUAGUGCCCGUGCUGCUGCGCCCCCGCAGCCACGGCACGGUGCGGCUCGCUUCCGCCAGCCCGCUGCACCGGCCCCUGCUGCACGCCAACUACUACAGCGACCCCGGCGACCUGCGCGCCAUGGUGGAGGCCAUCAGACUGGCAGUGGCCAUCGGAGAGAGCGAACCCUUCCAGACGUACAACAGCACGCUGUACCGGGCCCCGUACCCCGGCUGCGAGUCCCACGAGCACGGCUCCGACGCGUACUGGGAGUGCGCGGCACGCCACAUCACCAUCAACCUGCAGCACCACACGGGCUCGUGCCGCAUGGGGCCCGACAGGGAUCCCCUGGCCGUGGUCGACCCACAGCUGAGAGUGCGGGGCGUGGAGGGACUGCGUGUGGCCGACUGCUCCGUGAUACCCGAGGUGCCCUCUGCCCACACCAUGGCCGCUGCCUACAUGAUCGGCGAGAAGGCAGCCAGCCUCAUCGCUGCAGAGUGGGCGUAGCACGGUGGGGAGGUGUGGCGUGGCGGUCUGCUCUGAUACCCGAGGUGCCCUCUGCCCACACCAUGGCCGCUGCCUACAUGAUCGGCGAGAAGGCAGCCAGCCUCAUCGCUGCAGAGUGGACGUAGCACGGUGGGGAGGUGUGGCGUGGCGGACUGCUCUGAUACCCGAGGUGCCCUCUGCCCACACCAUGGCCGCUGCCUACAUGAUCGGCGAGAAGGCAGCCAGCCUCAUCGCUGCAGAGUGGACGUAGCACGGUGGGGAGGUGUGGCGUGGCGGACUGCUCUGAUACCCGAGGUGCCCUCUGCCCACACCAUGGCCGCUGCCUACAUGAUCGGCGAGAAGGCAGCCAGCCUCAUCGCUGCAGAGUGGACGUAGCACGGUGGGGAGGUGUGGCGUGGCGGACUGCUCUGAUACCCGAGGUGCCCUCUGCCCACACCAUGGCCGCUGCCUACAUGAUCGGCGAGAAGGCAGCCAGCCUCAUCGCUGCAGAGUGGACGUAGCACGGUGGGGAGGUGUGGCGUGGCGGACUGCUCUGAUACCCGAGGUGCCCUCUGCCCACACCAUGGCCGCUGCCUACAUGAUCGGCGAGAAGGCAGCCAGCCUCAUCGCUGCAGAGUGGGCGUAGCACGGUGGGGAGGUGUGGCGUGGCGGACUGCUCUGAUACCCGAGGUGCCCUCUGCCCACACCAUGGCCGCUGCCUACAUGAUCGGCGAGAAGGCAGCCAGCCUCAUCGCUGCAGAGUGGACGUAGCACGGUGGGGAGGUGUGGCGUGGCGGACUGCUCUGAUACCCGAGGUGCCCUCUGCCCACACCAUGGCCGCUGCCUACAUGAUCGGCGAGAAGGCAGCCAGCCUCAUCGCUGCAGAGUGGGCGUAGCACGGUGGGGAGGUGUGGCGUGGCGGACUGCUCUGAUACCGGAGGUACCCUCUGCCUGCCUCACCGCCGAGUGGAUGCAACAUUCGUGCAGAGCUGCGGCUCGAUUCUGAAAUGCAUUUCCCUCGUCUUGUCGAGACUAUUGCUCACGACAACCCAUCUUCCACCAGUAUCAGUAUUCUCAAAUGUAAAAAAAAAACACAGUUACCUCAUACUCCCUACAGUCCAGAUUUGGCUCGUGAUUUUCAGUUGUUUGGUCCACUCAAGGAGACAUUAUGUGGAUAAAAGUUCAGUAAUCACAAGGAGGUCAAGGAAUUUGUGGGAAAGCAGCUCAAACAACGAGACAAAGACUUCUUUGCAUUAGGGUAUAAAAAAAACUAUUUCAUCGUUGAGACAAGUCUAUUAACAUUGGUGGGGAUUAUGUUGAGAAGUAGUAGUGUCUCAUUUCGUGAAAAUAUACAGGUUUUAUUUCUUC